AUGUCCGCCCCCAACGUUGUGACCGGCAGCUGUCUCUGCCAGACAGUCCGCUACCAAGUGACCGGCGCCCCCAAAACAACAGUCAUCUGCCACUGCGACAGUUGUCGCAAAGGCACGGGAUCUGCCUUCAUGGCAAACAGCCUCUACCUGAGAGAUCAACUACAGGUACUCACAGGACAAGAUGCUCUGAGAGUCUACUACGACAACAGCACGGGAUCGGGGAAACCGUUGUCGAAAUCGUUUUGCUCCAACUGUGGCUCGUCCUUGUUUGUCAGCAGCGAGUCCAUAGACCCUAGUACGGUGGCGAUCACCUCCGGGACCAUGGAUUUAGGGCCGUCGAAGGGCGAGUGGGAGCCUAAGAUGGAAUUCUUCUGUGCGAGGCGGAGAGAGUGGCUUGCACCUGUCGAGGGGACAGCGAAGCAUGAUACUAUGAUGUAG